UAUAACGCGGCUUCUAGGGCUUUACUGCUCUCCUUCAUUUACUGAUUGCGAAGGAAAACGCACUCACAUCGACUGCAUUUAUAGUAUAGAGGUAUAAUAGUUAUAUAAUAUAAUAGUUGAGGUUUUAUUGAAUCUUUAGGGCUGUGUUGUAGUUUAAAAGCGGACAGAGCGGCUUCCACCGCCCACUUUCUGUCGUUCAGCUGCUGAUGCGGCCUUCGCUGUUUGCUCGGACACAGCGGGGACAUGGCGGAAGGUUGAAAGUCCAAGAGACUUUUCCCAGCAACCCUACUUUUUAGAUAAAACUCCUUUGGACACAGUAUUAUAAAGGGGUUUGCUGGAAAACUGGCGGCUGUGUUAAGAAAUCGGUUCGUCCCGGAGGACAUGGACGUUGCGGCGGAGGGAGAGGCUGAGGAGCUCAGGAGGGAACACUGGAAGCUGCUGUCCAGCUUAAAGACCACGGUGGAGGGUCUUUUGUCCACCAACAACCCCAAUGUAUGGUCACGUUAUGGUGGCUUGCAGCGCCUGCACAAGGACAUGAACAACAUCCUCAGCCAUGGACUGAAGAACGAGCAGGUGUACUUCAAGCGACGUGACUACUGGCCCUUUGUUUGGUGUGUUCGAUACAUCAGCCCCCACCUUGCGUCACAUGUUGAACAGUUCAGACACCUGGAGCCGGUGCUGAGCAGUGGGAUACAGAGCGCUGGGGAAAGCUACAAGGCCGAGCGCUGGCUGCUUCAUAGCUUACAAGUUCACAUGCUCUCAGCUCAGCUCAAACCGCUGCUCAGACAUCGAGGAAAUGCACUUAAAUUUUAUAAUGAUGAUUCCUUCCUCCUGAGUGAGCCUCAUGUGACGGCCAUGUUUCAGUGUUUAGAAGCGGUGGAGCAGAAUAACCCCAAACUGCUGGCCCAAGUAGACACAGUUGGGCUGUCCCCUCUGAAGGGUUCACUAUGUGUGGGUCUGUUGAAGAGCCAGAGCCUGUGUGUUCUGCCGGGAUCCGGUGGGACCUGGAGGAACGCUGACACGACUCCCGGAGGAGACUCUCUGAACCGCAGACUCGCCACGUCUAACUUCUCUCUGCGAGAUACUGUCGCCCGAAACCACAAACCUACCAACACCAACACAGCUAGAUCCCAUCACACAAGCGAGGAAAGCAUCAAUAACAAGAACACUACCUCUCCAGCCAGCAGCCAUGAACACCCCUGGGUGUUUGUGUCCAGAUCAGGGGGGAUUGAACAAGGUCUGACACCCCCUCCUUGCGCGGGGUCCGUCCCUUCUUUUUCCCUAACGGAGUCUCCCUCACCCUCUUCGCUUCAGCCCGAGGCUGCGGACUCGUGCGAUGGCGACUCUGACGAUGGUCCAGAGUAUCUGGCUAUCGGUAACCUGGGGCAACGCAAUCGCCGUGGCUCCCAAGGUUCCACCCACAGCAGCGAGCAGGACGGGACCAAGCAGCAGUACCUGCCUCGCAGUUCCACGGCUCCGACCCCACCGAGGCGCUCAUCUUUUUCAGAGGGUCAACGGGGGCCAGGGAGGGGGGCUCGGGGGCACACCCGCUCGUUUUCAGACACGGGGAUCAAUCAAAAACUCAGGGAUGAAUCGGCAAAUGAGGACGGCAGUAUGACGGACUACAGUCCUUUCUCACCUCAGCACCGUGAUUCCAGCACUCCCAGUUCUCUUUACAUGGAGUCCUACGGGUUUCCAAACGGCGGCGCUCCUGAUGGGAUGUUCAGGAAGCCUUCAAAGGGGCAGAGCCUCAUCAGCUACCUGUCAGAGCAGGACUUUGGCAGCUGUGCUGACCUUGAAAAGGAGAACGCUCAUUUCAGCAUCUCGGAGUCUCUGAUCGCUGCCAUCGAGCUGAUGAAGUACAACUUGCUGUGUCAGGAAGUGGAGGGCGAGGAGGAGGGGGACAGCGACUCUGAGAUUCAGCAGCUCAAGCAGAAGAUCCGCCUGCGCAGGCAACAGAUCCGCCGCAGCCGUCUGCCGCCCUGCACCUCCUCCCAACACAAUUUCCACUCCACCGACAGCGGCGGGUCCAGGAGGAGCUCUCAGGGCUCGUGCCAGGGCCUGUCAGACUCUGGCUCAGCCGAGGAGGUGGAGGAGUGCGAACUACAAGAUGGCUGCGAGGGUCAGUCCCUGCUGGCGGUGUCUCAGAACGGCCUCUCGUUGUCACUUGCCUCCCUCUUCUCAGAUGCAGAUAUAAAGCGCAGUGUGAGCUCCAGUGGCAAAUCUUUUCUCAGCUCUGAGUCCAUCUCUCCUUCCUUCCUGCAGUCGAACUCAGCCGAGUCAGUAGCCAUGGGUUUACUCAGGCAGUUUGAGGGCAUGCAGCUUCCUGCAGCUUCAGAGCUCGACUGGCUGGUCCCAGAACAAGACGCUCCGCAGAAGCUGCUUCCCAUUCCCGAUUCUCUGCCAAUCUCCCCCGAUGACGGGGAACACGCGGACAUCUACAAGUUGAGGAUUCGAGUCCGAGGCAACCUCGAGUGGGCGCCGCCUCGCCCACAGAUCAUCUUCAACAUUCAUCCUGCCCCAAAGAGGAAGAUGAUUGUCACUAAGCAGAACUACCGCUGUGCUGGUUGUGGCAUUCGCAUUGACCCAGACUACAUCAAGCGGCUGCGUUACUGCGAGUACCUCGGCCGGUACUUCUGCCAGUGUUGCCAUGAAAACGCCCAGGCGGUUGUUCCCGGCCGAGUGCUCAGAAAGUGGGACUUCAGCAAGUACUAUGUCAGCAACUUUGCCCGGGACCUGCUGAGCAAGAUCGCUGGAGAUCCGCUUUUCAACCCCAGCGACAUCAACAACUGCUUGUACAAGAAGAUCAAGGCCCUGGAGUCCGUCAGGGUUUUGAGGGAGCAGCUGUUCCACAUGAAAAAUCUCUUCAAGACCUGUCGCUUCUCCAAAGAGGUGCUCGACCAGUUCGACAGCCUGCCAGGCCACUUGACCGAGGACCUCCACCUCUUCUCUCUCAACGACCUCACUGCCGUGCGCAACGGAGAACUGGCGUCCCGAAUGAAAGAGCUGCUCAAGCUGGGCACCGUACACGUGGCUAAAUGUGUGCUGUGCCAAGCGAAGGGCUUUGUGUGCGAGUUCUGCGGCAACGACAAAGACAUCAUCUUCCCCUUCCAGCUGAGCAAGUGCCAGCGCUGCGAAGAGUGUCACGCGUGCUACCAUCGCAGCUGCUUCCGGCCGGGUAAAGACUGCCCUCGAUGUCGGCGGCUGGCGGAACGCAGAGAGAGGAUGGCACGGAAAAACAUGGAGGAACAGGAGGACGAGGGGGGUGGGGACUAACGCCGCCGACAUGGCAACCUCAGGAAAGAGGAGCAGCACAACACAACACGACAACGAUUGUACUUCUUGCCCCCCGGCUGAUGGCGUCCACUGCAAACAGCUGCUUUUAACCAGGUUUCCAGAUGUUGUACUGCAUCGCUUCACAGAAAUGUGGCUCCAGCUUGGUUUUCUUCAAGCUCUUUUUAAAACGUGCACUUUAGGUUGAAAAUGCGUCCUGCCUGACUCAUGAACGGAGUAUCACACAAAAGUCAGGUUUAUUUACGUCCUUAGUUUGUAACUUUUCUAAAACAUAACUGUAUUUUUAAUAUAAAGGAGUUAUGCACUAACAUGUUAUUGAUCAUUUAAUCGAGUUUUUUUUUUGUACAGAUUCUUACGACUCCCAUUUGAUCCCAUACAAAAAAAAAGAAGCUAAUUUAAAGAUUAGGUUUAAAACUAACAAUCUUUAACUAACUUUCCCCCUAACUUCAGCAGUGUUACAUCAUUCCUUUAUGACAUUUCCUGCUCUGCUCUCUUUGAUAAUGUGUGAACGGUAAAACAUGCUGCCUUGCACAGUUUUUUGAUGCAACCCUUUUUGCAAUUUAACAAGAGCCAAAGACGUCCAUGAACUCAUCAGCACUUGCGCUGAACUCGUCCGUCAAAAAAAAAAAAAAAAAAGAACAUUUGCUCAGGCAGUUGUGAUCGUUUGAUGCCUCCGUUGCCACAGCAGCUACAGAGUCUGAAUGAUUUUAGCGUUUAGUUGAAGGUAGUUUCCGGGUAUUGUUUAUAAAAAGAACGACACUGAAAGCCUAAACGUUCUUUCAGGGUUUGACUGAUUUUGCGUUUGAUUAAUCCUGCCAAAUAUAUUUUAGUUUGAACAUUCAGAAGGUAUUACCUGGACUUCUUCUUUUGCUACUUGUGUUUCCUUUGAAGCUAUUUUAGACCCAUUUCUGUGCCUUUGUGACCAAUGAACAAACGGUGGGGGAAGUUUCGGAGGGUCAGAGAAAUACUGAGUUUGCAGGACUGGAUUUCAGGAAGAGGCUUCAGAAUCGAUGUUGCAAGUAUUUGAAAUGAAACUGCAAGCACUCCAUUUUGUGCUGCUUAGAGUGCGUGCACGUGUGUGCGUGCAUGCUCCUGUGUACCUGCUGUCCUCGCAGCUCCAAGCUGAUUUAUAUGUUCUGAACUAACGGUUUCUGUUUCGUUGCACUGAUCUUGUGUGUGCUGGUUGAAGUGCGAGUGGAUCUCUGAUGUCGUCCUUUUUAAAUGUUCGUUUUAAGAACAUGAACUUUGACCUUUCACCUUGAAAUGUAUUGUUUCUGUAAAGAUGCUUCUGUCAUUGUGUUAUGCAGCAUUGAGAGGGGUUUCUUUCCAUUAAUGCAGCUGAAGUCGACACUUCUUGGAAUCUGUAUUUGUUUUGUUUCCACCAGCAGAUUCACUCAUUCAACUUUCAGUUUUCCACAGACUUUCUGCUAAUGACUUGAAAUCAGAGCUGGACAUUUUAAAUAUUGUCACCACCCCUCUGCAUGGUACUUAGAAGGAGGAUGUGAGGGUUCAUUUGUCCGGGGAAAUACAGCAACGUGUGCCUAAACAUACAUUUCCUUUUCUUGCACUUUCAGUCCUCUUGAGCAUUCAGAUUGGUUUUGUGUGGUUACUACUGGACCAGUUUAGAUUAGUAUUUUACCUGCUGCAGCUUAUUUGUCAUUGUGAAAAGUUUAUUUUGGAUAAUAUUGAGGUUGACCAACAAAUGUCUAAUCAGCUUUUUUGUUGUAUUAAAAAAAAAGUUGUGGAUGAAACUAGAUAAAUCACUGAUUGAUUAAAUUGUUACAAACUUCAUGUAUUAACCACAAGCUCCACGAUGCGUCUGUAAUGAAUAUUAUUACUGCUAUACAUGAAUUGUUAUGGGAUGAAUAUUAACCAUGGCUGUCUUUAGCUUAAAGAUCCUGAACUAAAACCCAUCCAGCUCAUUAAAAAAAAAAAAAA